UUCAGCCGCUUCUUUUAUUUAUCUGCAACUUUUCCUCUGGUGGAUAUAUAUAUAAUAUAUAUAUAUAUAUAUACACGUUAUACGUAUAGGAAAAAUACAGCUAAGUCUGGUUUCUUCUUCGUUCGUUCGUUCUAAGUUUUAUUGAGAAAAAAACAAAAACAAAAAAGAGCUUUCUUUAAUUUGCUGGAUUAGUGCUGGGAAAUUUCUUGAUGAGCUGGGGUAAAGAUUUAUCCUUUUGCCUGCAACUUUUGGCCCCAGGAUCUAAUUAAUGAUUUCAUAACAUUAAUUAAGCUGAGGAUGAUAAGUUCUUUAAUUUGUUCAUCAAAUUCUCUCUCUCUCUCUCUCUAGAAAAAAAAUGUUGUAUGUUGAUGGUGCAUGAUUGGUGCAUAUAAUUAUAGCCCCACAUUCUGUCUUGCCUUGAAUAUGGUAUGGCAACAUAAAUUAGGUCAAGAUAUCAUAGAGAGAGAGAGAGAGAGAGAGAGAGAGAGAGAGAGAGAGAGAGAGAGAGAGAGAGAGAGAAUUACACAAAAAUAAAUAAAUAAAUAAAUAAAGGAGAAAAAGAGAAGCAACUUUGAAAUAAUUAGUUGUUAUUUCCUUGUCAUUAUUAUUUGAGGUUAGGAAUUGUUACAUAUAUAAUCAUCAUCAUGCUGCUGGUUAAUUGCCUAAUUAAUAUCUGCCUUUAAUUUACAUAUAUAUCCAAUUAUAUAUACUAUAUACAGACUCUCUUUCACCAUACAUAUAUAUAUAUAUAUAUAUAUAUAUAUAUAUGGUUGUUGAUUCAACCAAUCCAUCAAAGGACAAAAGUUGUAUGAUGUCAUACAUAAGUAUGUAUGUUUGUUAAUGUAAUAUUCUUGUGCUAAAACUGCAUACUUUUUGUAUUGUGCUUUACCUUUAGCUUAUCCUAUAUAUAUAAAUAUAUUACAAUUAUACUUGAUGUGUAGAUUAGUAGUGCAAAAUAAAGAAGAUGGGGCUUGUUGAUCUAUUUAUUGCAUCAACAAUACCUGUCCUAAAAGUGCUUCUGGUCACUGGAUUGGGUUCCUAUCUUGCUUUCGAUCAUGUCGGAAUUUUGGGUGACGAUGCUAGAAAACAUUUGAAUAAUAUUACAUUCUUCGUAUUCAGUCCCGCGCUUGUGUACAGCAACCUAGCCAAGACGAUUACAUACGACAGCAUGGCUAAGCUGUGGUUUAUGCCUUUGAAUAUCUUAAUCACGUUCAUUGUCGGAUCGGUUCUUGGUUGGGUUGUCAUUCAAAUAACACGAGCUCCUUCGCAUCUCCGAGGACUUAUUAUCGGUUGUUGUGCCGCAGGCAAUUUAGGAAACUUGCUUCUCAUAAUAAUUCCGGCAGUCUGUAAAGAAAAAGGAAGCCCGUUUGGUGAUCCCGAUGUUUGCCAAACAUACGGAAUGUCAUACGCUUCUCUUUCAAUGGCAAUUGGAGCAAUUUAUCUGUGGUCCUAUGUUUACAACAUUGUUAGAGUGUCUUCGAGUAGUAGAUCAAAAGAUGUCGAAAUAAUCAACGACUCGUACGUCAGUAAUAAUAAUAAUAAUAAUAAUAAUAAUAAAUCUUCGAUAGAAAGUUUGUCUCCUUCGUCGACGACAGAGCCUUUACUUUCUUCGACACAAGAUCAUGAAAUUGGAUUGAUUCUGCCACAAGAUACAUUUCAGCAUAAGCCUCCGGUCUCUCUUUCGGAUCGAAUAAAGCAACGGUUGGAGAUGCUAUUGAAUAAGAUGAACCUGAAGAAAUUAUUUUCUCCAUCAACAACUGCUGCGAUUGCUGGAUUUGUAGUCGGACUUGUACCUCUAAUUCGGAAACUGAUAAUCGGUGAUGAAGCUCCUCUCCGUGUACUACAAGAUACUGCACUCUUGCUCGGUGACGGAGCUAUUCCAGCUGUCACACUGGUCAUGGGUGGAAACCUUUUAAAAGGUUUGAAAGGAGGUUCAGAGAUUCGGAAAUCAAUUAUUUUCGGCAUUGUUUUUGUUCGAUACGUUGCAAUGCCUCUAAUAGGUAUUGUAAUAGUUCAAGGGGCAAUCCGAUUUGGUAUAGUGCAUGAUAAUCCGUUGUAUCAAUUCGUUCUUCUUCUGCAGUUUGCACUUCCACCUGCAAUGAACAUAGGAACUAUAACUCAAUUAUUUGGAGCUGGAGAAAGCGAAUGUUCUGUGAUUAUGCUGUGGUGCUACUUAUUGGCUUCUGUGGCUCUUACUGUGUGGUCAACACUCUUCUUGUGGCUCGUGUCUUAAAUUCGAUUUUAUUAUGUUCCAAAUUUUUAUAUUCUUCGAUCAACAAGAUCAACAUUGUUACGACAACAAUGCACAAUUAUUACAGACCGUAUAGGCAAAAACGGCGAUUUCACCAUU